AUGGGCAGCGCCUCCGACGAGCCCGUGGUGAAGGAGACGCUAGAAGUCCUGGAGCAAAUGCAAGUAGAUUAUGAAGUCCGGGUUAUGUCGGCCCACCGGACGCCUGAACGGGUGCAGGAAUACGCCACCACAGCCCGCGACCGGGGGAUAGAGGUAUUGAUUUCCGCUGCCGGCGGUUCCGCCGCCUUGGGUGGAGUCCUGGCCUCCUGGUGUACUUUGCCGGUCAUUGGCAUACCCCUGGCAUCCAGCGAACUUAACGGCUGGGACUCACUAUUGGCAACGUCGCAGAUGCCCCCGGGAAUACCGGUCGCCUGCAUGGCCGUUGGAGCUUGGGGAGCAAGAAACGCAGCCUUCUUUGCCGCCGAAAUCUUGGGCCUCCGACACGAACACAUCCGGGAAGCCUACGAGAACUACCGGAAGCAGCUGCGGGAGCGCUAG